CGCAACAUGAAGGUCACAUCGAACACGGACCCCAUCUUCAUCGGUACCGUCGUCCUCCUCGUUGUCGACAUCCAAGGCGGCAGUGUCUCCAAGCCCGACAAUCCGCGCGAGCUGCCGCACAUGCCCGGAAAAGAAGAGCGCGCGGAGCGCACAAAGUCCCUCCUCGCGCGCUGUCGCGAAGCCGGCGUUUCGUGCGUCUUCGUGCAGGAGGUGCACAAGCCGUCGCUGGUCGAUAUCGGCCGCGAGCUCGACGGCACGGAGGACCCGCACUGCAUCGAGGGCUGGCCCGAGACGGAACUCGCGGAUUGGCUUCAACCGCGCGCGGAUGAGUACGUGAUCCGGAAAAGGCGAUAUUCGUGCUUCUUUGGGACGGAGUUGGAUAUCGUUCUGCGCGGUUAUAAGGCGGACACGGUCCUUCUCGUGGGCGGCCUUACGGACGUCUGCAUCCACUACACGGCGGUUGACGCCCAUCAAAGGGAUUAUUACUUCCGCACGAUCACCGACUGUGUGGCUGGAUCAACCAAACGGGCCCAUGAUAACGCGUUGGAGGCCAUGAAAUACAUGCAGCGUGAUGCACUGGUGACAUGCGAAGCGGUCCUUCAGUGGCUUGAUCGGAAAAGAACUGUGGUACAGGCCUAGCCCGUGUUAAGUUACGUCGCUUUGUGGUAGAUGAAACGUUUCCUCGUGCCAAUCCACAGUAUAAUCCGAGCUAGAUU